GCGGCGGCGACGCAGACGACGACUGUGACCGCGACGGACAGGUCGAAUUCGGCGUCUCCGACGCGCCGCCAACCGCAUCAGGACGCUUUUCACUCGUUCGCCUACCGGCAGCUGCUGAACAACCAGCGCCAGCCGAACCAGCGACUCAACUCGGCGCCGAUCUGGCCGCCGCCUGACCCGCCGCAGCCUCAGUUCUCGAACAGUCCCUUCUUCUCGUUGGUCGUCGAGGCGUCGCCGCCCGUCGCCUCUGCCUGGCCUCUCCUCGGACUCACCACGCACGACUACCCGCGCCAUGGGGGACACGAUGUCUCGGCGUCCACUUCGUUGCCCCCGCCGACCGGCGCCUCGAACCCCGACGUCUUUUGGCCUCCGCUGCCCACUUUGUCCAGACACUUUCGGCCGCCACUUCUGAUGCUGGCGACCACCGCCGCCGCCACCACCACCACCAACGCCGCCACUACCACCACCAGCACCACCAGCACCAGCACCAUCGGCUGCCGGACUCGGCCCAUAUCGCCGCCACCGGACCUCGGCCGGGCGCGAGCUCGAGCCGCAGUAAACACCCACUUUAUAAGCCAGCUGCCCGAGGAACAGGCCAUCGCCUUCGACUCCUCAGCUCUGCGCACCGCUGCCUCCCUCGACUCGGUCGCCUCGGAGCAGACGCGGCCCGUCGUCAUGUCGACGCAUGCGGCCAGCGCCUUGCCCGAGAUUCGAGCGCCGCCGGGGCAGGCGAGUCCGCGUGACGGCAGCCCUUGGCUGCUGUCUGCCAAUCAAACGGUGCCGCGGAUCACCAUCAGCCUCACCGAGACCUCAAUGCCGGAGCAGAUGGUCAUGCAGACCUGGCGGCCUCCGCCAAUCCUGUCAGUCGCACCAACCCCGCCCGACGAGUCAUGUCUCUUCUUCGGCCUCGUCCAACCGGAACACUUCAGCCGUGAGCGUCGCUUUGUGCAAGCCCACCGGCCGGACAGCAGCUACGCUUUGUCGGACAGCAACUCGGACGCCUCCGAGGCGGUCGCCUUUUUGGUGCAGGACUCCAACGCCAGGCCUGGGAGGCGUCUGCUGCAGCCGGUCGGGCUGCCUCGGGGCCACGCCAUGCCGCUGAAUCGGGGCCCAUCCGCCUCGGGCGAGGCUGAAGAGGCGGACGACGGUCAACCGGCCCAAGAGACAGAAACAGCGACGGUCUGGCAACAGAUUCUGGAGGCAGACGAACCGAGCGAAGGCAUCACCGCUGGCUACCUGGCUCUGAUACUUACCGCCCUGUUGGACUCAAGGAUGCUUGAAUAUGAGAGUCUGGAAGGAGGGGAGGAGGAGGAGGAGGAGGAGGAUUCAUGA